CUCCUUUCACCAAAACGUAUUUUUCUCUCCACCCCAUUUCUCACUUUCCUACACACACCUCUUUCUCUCUUUCCUUUUUUGCAAAAAUUAAAAUAUUAUUAAAAUAAAACAAAUAAUAUGAGAGUUAUUUUCAAUCUUAAUCUUAAUCCAUAAGUGUUGUUCUUCCAACUGUUUGAUCAUUUUCCCCAACCAAGUUCAACAUGUCUAGUUUUGUGGGGGUCCUUGUUUCUGAUCAAUGGCUUCAGAGCCAGUUCACCCAAGUCGAACUUCGAACCCUCAAAUCAAAAUAUGUAUCUGAAAGGACUCAAUCGGGUCGCAUUACUGUCGGAGAUUUGCCUUCCAUUUUCAAGAAAUUAAAGGCUUUUUCUGAGCUGUUUACAGAGGAUGAGAUUAAGGCUGCAUUGGCCGAGUCAUAUCAGAACAUGGAUGAUGACAUUGACUUUGAGUCCUUCCUUAGGGCACAUUUGAAUUUGCAAACUCGAGCUACAGCAAAAGACGGAGGUUCAAAAAGUUCUUCUUCAUUUUUGAAGACAGCCACAACAACCGUUCAUCAUGCAAUUAAUGAAUCCGAGAAGGCUUCUUAUGUUGCACAUAUUAACGGUUACUUGGCUGAAGAUAAAUUCUUGCAACAGUUUCUACCAAUUGAUCCGGCUACAGAUGCGUUGUUUGAUCUUGCUAAAGAUGGUGUCCUACUCUGCAAGCUUAUUAAUAUCGCUGUUCCCGGGACCAUAGAUGAGCGAGCUAUUAACACAAAACGGGUUCUUAAUCCAUGGGAGAGGAAUGAAAAUCACACUCUUGGCCUCAAUUCAGCAAAGGCUAUUGGGUGCACAGUGGUUAAUAUUGGUACACAAGAUAUGGUUGAAGGAAGACCGCAUUUGGUACUUGGUCUGAUUUCACAAAUAAUCAAGAUUCAAUUGUUAGCUGAUCUCAAUCUGAAGAAAACUCCUCAACUUUUGGAAUUAGUGGAAGAUGAUAAGGACGUGGAGGAGCUUAUCAGUUUACCACCUGACAAGGUUUUAUUGAAAUGGAUGAAUUUCCACUUGAAGAAAGCUGGAUAUGAGAAGCAGGUUACAAAUUUUUCUUCAGAUGUAAAGGAUGGAGAGGCGUAUGCUUACUUGCUUAAUGCUCUUGCUCCAGAAACUGCAGGCCCAUAUGCCUUGGCCAUAAGUGAUCCAACAGAAAGAGCAAAUAUGGUUCUUGAGCAGGCAGAGAGAUUGGAUUGCAAGAGAUACCUCACUCCAAAGGACAUAGUGGAGGGGUCGCCUAACCUUAAUCUUGCAUUUGUUGCUCAAAUAUUCCAGCAUAGGAAUGGCCUUACAGUUGACACGCAGAAAAUGUCCUUUGCUGAGAUGAUGACUGACGAUGCAGAAACAUCCCGAGAAGAAAGAUGCUUCAGACUCUGGAUUAACAGUCUUGGAAUUACUACUUACGUCAAUAAUGUUUUUGAGGAUGUCAGAAAUGGAUGGGUUCUAUUAGAAGUUCUUGAUAAGGUUUCAUCUGGAUCUGUCAAUUGGAAGCAGGCGACAAAGCCUCCUAUAAAGAUGCCAUUUCGAAAAGUGGAGAAUUGUAACCAAGUUAUAAAAAUCGGAAAGGACCUUAACUUUUCCUUAGUGAAUGUUGCUGGUAACGAUAUUGUACAAGGGAAUAAGAAGCUCUUACUAGCAUUUUUGUGGCAGCUUAUGAGAUUUACAAUGCUUCAACUUCUGAGAAAUUUGAGAUCACGCUCCCAAGGUAAGGAGAUUACUGAUGCUGAUAUACUAAACUGGGCUAACAACAAAGUGAAGAAAUCCGGAAGAACAUCUGAAAUGGAAAGUUUCAAGGACAAGAAUCUUUCCAACGGUAUUUUCUUCCUUGAGCUUUUGAGUGCUGUGGAGCCAAGGGUGGUCAACUGGAGUCUAGUUACUAAAGGGGAGACUGAUGAAGACAAGAAGUUGAAUUCUACAUAUAUAAUCAGUGUCGCACGAAAACUUGGAUGUUCCAUUUUCCUGUUACCUGAGGACAUAAUAGAGGUCAACCAGAAGAUGAUACUUACUUUAACUGCUAGCAUCAUGUACUGGAGUCUGCAGCAUUCUGAAGAAAGCGUCACCCCAGUAGCAUCGCCUGUAGCUUCAGUAGAUGGUGAACCAGAAACAGAUUUAGUUAGUGAGGUAUCAAAUUUGGCCAUUGAUGAUAAUAAUAAUGCUUCAGAGAAUACCAGCUCUCCUUAAGUUGGAAAUAUGGAAUCUCUGCUGACAUUAAAGAAGGAGGUUUUGUUAAAAGUUUGAAGUAAACCACAGAAUGAGGGAGAAAAUUGCAUUUUUGUUUAUAGAACAGAAGGAUGAUGCCAGCCACUCGGUGCUGGGCGCAAAAGAAAGAGCUUAUAUUUUUCUUUUAUAAAAAACUACAGAUAAUAGAAGGAUCUUGUAAAAUUUCUUUUAGGAUUUUUUUGUACUUUAGGUAUAUUCUUUAACGAAAAUCAUAUGCAUUUGUUCCCAAAAAAUAAGAAAAGGGAGGAAGGCGUCAAUAUUAUUUUCUGUCUGAUAGCCAAGAUUACUCCUAAUGCGUGCUAGCAGACAUGUUCCUGCACUCCAUUUUAGUGAGUGGAUUUUCUAGUAUAAUGCAGAUAACCAUAAAUGUUUGGAGACUAUGUAUUUCAA